GCUAUGGGGAGGAAGAGGAAGAGAGCUGGAGCCGGCGAUGGCGACGGCGAUGGCGAAGAAGGGAGCGCCAGGGUCAGGGUGAAAGGCAAGCACGACAAGCCGAAGCCGUGGGACACCCCCGAUGUGGAUCACUGGAAGAUUGUGCCCAAGCCGGAGCAGUGGAGUGGACUCGUCGAGCAGAGCUCCUUCUCGACGCUCUUCCCGCAGUACAGAGAGAAAUAUUUGCAGGAUGUUUGGCAUUCUGUGGCUCGUGCUUUGAAGGAGCAUGGCAUCAAAGGGGAGCUUAAUCUUGUAGAGGGAUCAAUGACUGUCACCACCACACGCAAAGUUCAAGACCCCUACAUUAUCAUCAAGGCCAGGGACCUUAUCAAGCUUCUCGCCCGCAGUGUUCCUGCUCCUCAGGCUUUGAAGAUUCUGGAAGACUAUAUGCAAUGCGAUAUCAUCAAGAUCGGCAAUCUUAUUCGAAACAAGGACCGCUUUGUGAAGCGUAGGCAGCGCCUUUUAGGCCCAAAUGGUGCAACUUUAAAGGCACUGGAGCUCUUAACUGGAUGCUACAUUCUAGUUCAGGGAAAUACGGUUGCUGCAAUGGGUCCAUUCCAAGGCCUCAAAACUCUCCGCCGCGUAGUAGAAGACUGCAUUCAUAACAUUCAUCCUAUUUACCAUAUCAAAGCUCUCAUGAUCAAGAGGGAGCUUGCCAAGGACCCGGCACUAGCUAAUGAGAACUGGGAGAGAUUCUUGCCGAAGUUUAAAAAGAAGAACGUACAACGGAAGAAGUCGAAGAAGGAAAAGAAGCCGUACACACCUUUCCCGCCUCCACAACAACCUAGCAAGAUUGAUUUGCAGCUAGAAAGUGGAGAGUACUUCCUGAGCGCGGAGACGAAGGCCGCGAAGAAGUUUGAGGAAAAGAAGCAGCAGCAAUUGGAAAAAGCGGCCGAGAACAAACGCAAACGCGAUUCGUCGUUUGUUCCUCCAAAGGAAACCAAGAAAUCUGAAAGAGCUGGAACGUCUUCAGGGGUCUCGAAAGCCGAUGUCACUGCAAUGGCCCAAAACUUGAAGGAGAAAUCAGAGAAGGUUUUGCCUAAACAAAAGCGGAUUGAUGACUCUGUACAGAACUACCUCGCAUAAUGCUCUCUGACACGUGGCAUGCAUCAAGCCCGUUGUUUUCUUGAGGUGCACAUUCAAAAUAUGAGGAUUGUUCUUUGAGGCU